AAAGAGAGAGGUAAUGGAUUGAAUUCGGAAAAGCAUGCAGUAGCAGCCUAUCAGCUCCGCUAUCCGGUUUUGCGAAGAGACAUGGAGAAGGCUGCUAGCUUCGGAGCUACCCUGCUGAUAUUGGUGGCCUCGCUCGCCUCUGAAUCUAGAGGAUCGAUGGCCCAAUGGAUACCUGCCUCUGCCACAUUCUAUGGAGGAGGUGAUGCUUCUGGCACCAUGGGGGGAGCUUGUGGCUACGGAAAUCUAUACAACGAUGGAUAUGGUAUCGAGAACGCGGCGCUGAGCACGGCGCUGUUCAACAGCGGCGGCUCGUGCGGUAUGUGCUUCCAUAUAGUUUGCGAUGCAAGCAAGUCACCGUGGUGCAAGAAGGGCACGUCCAUUACAGUCACAGCUACCAACUACUGCCCGCCCAACUACGACCUGCCCAAUGACAAUGGCGGGUGGUGCAACCCACCGAGGGAGCACUUCGACAUGUCUCAGCCUGCCUGGGAGACCAUCGCCAUCUACCGAGGGGGGAUAGUGCCCGUUUACUACAGGAGGGUUUCAUGCCAGAGGACUGGAGGCAUCAGGUUCGCCAUCAACGGCAGGGACUACUUUGAACUGGUUCUAGUGUCCAAUGUAGGGGGCAGUGGCGUGGUCUUCGGCAUGUGGAUCAAAGGAUCCGGAACUGAUUGGAUUGUUAUGAGUAGGAACUGGGGCAUGAACUGGCACACCCUUACCUACUUGAAUGGACAGAGCCUGUCCUUCCGGGUGCAGACCGAUGAUGGCCGGGUCAAGACCGCAUAUAAUGUGGCACCUUCCACCUGGAAAUUUGGCGACACCUACGCCACAUCAAUCCAAUUUUAACAAUUGAUCUGGAAUUGUCCUCUUCUUUUGACUCUCAGGCAGUUUCAGCACACUGCAGCAACACCAUGCCGCUCUGAUCUUCUUGUGUCAUUUCUUCCCUUUUCCCUCUUUACUCUUAUCAGAUUUUGAGUUGCCUAGGCAGCGGCUUUAGAUUAAAGUAGCCCACCUAGCAGCAUGAUUCUGUGGAAUAAACGAUAAAAGCUCCCCUUGCAUCCA